CCGUAGUCGAGUCAUUUUUCAAGUCGAAACUAGCCGCAAAAAACGCCGCGAGCGCCUUCGUGUCGGUGUGCCAAAUAAGGGAAUCUUGGACGGGGCGCAUUGUCAGAGCCGGCGAACACGAGGUGAGCAAUCUCCAGCGAAAACCGGUGUUCAAACUCGCGUUUCAGCUCGGUUCCUUACUUCUCCCGAGGAACGUUUGACGCAGAACAUCAGCCAUGUCUUUCCGCGGAGGUUCCACCACGGCGCUGUCUCAGAUGCUCAAAGAAGGUUCUCGACACUUCCAAGGCGUCGACGAGGCGUUGUUCCGAAGCAUCGAAGCCUGCGUCCAGCUCUCGCACAGUGUCGCUUCCGCGUACGGCCCCAACGGGCUCAACAAGAUGGUCAUCAACCACCUCGAAAAGCUCUCCGUCACCAGCGACGCAGCAGCGAUCCUGAACCAGCUCGAAGUCCAGCACCCCGCCGCAAAGCUGCUCGUCAUGGCGUCGCAGAUGCAAGAGGCCGAGGUAGGUGACGGCACCAACUUCGUCGUUCUCUUCGCCGGCGCUUUGCUCGAACAAGCCGAAGAACUCGUUCGCACGGGGCUCACCCCGGUCCAAGUUGCGGAGGGUUACCAACUCGCCCUGCGCAAGGCGAUCGAGAUCUUACCCGAGCUUACCGUCGACGAACUGCGCGACCUACGCAAGUUCGAGCAGGCCGAAAAGGCGGUCAGGACGGCCAUGUCGAGCAAACCGCUCGCCGGAGCGGACCAAUUGGCCCGCAUCGUCUCUAAGGCCUGCGAAGCGGUGCUUCCCGAGUCCGGCGCUCUGAACGUGGACAACAUCCGAGUCUGCAAGGUGCUUGGGGCCGGCCUGGACCGCUCCGAGAUGGUGCUUGGCAUGGUCUUCAAGCGGCAAGUCGAGGGCGAGGUCACCAAGGCAAGCGACGCCAAAGUGGCCGUCUACACCUGCGCCUUCGACUCGACGCAGACGGAGACCAAGGGCACAGUACUCCUCCAGUCGGCGCAAGAACUCCGCGACUUCUCCAGGGGAGAGGAAAACCUGCUCGAGUCGCAGGUCAAGGCCGUAGCAGACGCCGGCGCCAAGGUCGUUGUGACCGGCGCCAAGGUUGGCGACAUGGCGCUGCACUACCUCAACAAGCACGGGCUCAUGGUUGUCCGCCUGACGUCCAAGUUCGACGUACGCCGGCUGUGCCGCGUGGUCGGCGCCACCCCCCUCCCCAAGCUAACCCCGCCGCGUCCCGAAGACUUGGGACUCUGCGACUCGGUCUACGUCGACGAACUCGGAGACACGUCGGUUGUAGUCUUCCGCCAGGAGGGGGCUCACCGAUCCAAGGUCGCCACCGUCCUCCUUCGGGGUUCGACGGACAGCCUGCUCGACGACGCCGAACGCGCUGUUGACGACGGCGUCAACGCUUUCAAGGCUGCCACUCGCGACGGUCGGCUCGUAGUUGGUGCCGGGGCUGCCGAGAUCGAGCUGGCGAAGAGGAUUGCGUCCUGGGCCGAAACCUUGCCAGGGCUAGAGCAGUAUGCGGCACACAAGUUCGCGCAGGCGCUGGAACAGCUUCCACGUACCCUCGCACACAACUCCGGCGCGUCGAGGCCGGAAGAGCUGCUGGCUCAGCUCCGCGCGGCACACCACCAGGGAGACUCUUCGGCGGGGCUGAAGGAAGACGCUGUGGGGAACGCACUGGAGGCCGGUCUGCUGGAUCUGCUGGUGACGAAGCACUGGGGCCUGCAGUAUGCUACCAAUGCGGCGUCGACAGUGCUUCGUGUUGACCAGAUCAUCAUGUCGAAGCCAGCGGGCGGACCCAAGCCGAAGGCGGGAGGCGGAGACUGGGACGAGGACAAGUAGGGGCGUCGCCGGCGGCGUGACAUCGUGGGCAUCAUCUUUGUUGUUUUUUUUUUGCAUUUCGGGGCUCCUGUGUAACUUUAUUGCCGAAUAAAAUGCGGAGUUGCGCUAUGGAAUAUU